AUGACAGUCGUUCCCACCACAGCAGAAGAUUACUCGAUAUCUUUUCUGACGAAUAUGUUCAAGCCUAUUGAAGAGGGUAGAACACUAGAAGAAGUAACACAAAACACUUCUUUCCUCUCUAUCAAUGAUACGCUCAUACAAGUAUAUACGAAUGUAUUCACUAUCCAGGAGGUUAGAGUGGGGCCAAGAGCGAUGAUAGGUUGCCCGGUGUCACUGCAUAUAAAUUCAGAAGGGAAUUGGAGAAAUGCUGUGCAUGUGGAAUGGCUCGAUGAAAAAGGACAUGUACUGCAUCACGGCCCAAUUUACGUGCCUUCUGGGGAUAUGGAACACCGUCAUAUAAAAGCUAGGGUAUCGCAUAAACAAUUAAGGUGGAAUGUCCUCGAUUCCAAUUACUGUGAAGUAUUCGACAUACCCAAAAACCGAUGGCAACAAGAGCGAAUCGCGGCUUUCAACGCGGCUCCAGUGAAAAGGUCUCUCUCACCUUUACAGAACAACCUAAGGGACAUGCGUGUUAUGUCCUUUAACAUACUCUCUCCGACAUACGUCUCAAAUGAAGAAGCGAUAGAUCGGUUCUUUCCGUACUGUGCUCCAGAGUGGUUGGAUAGCAGCUUCCGCAACCCCCUUAUCCUCAGAGAGAUACUUUUGGUUAAUCCGCAGAUUCUUUGUCUUCAGGAGUGCUCCACAAGUGCCUAUCGCGAUUACAUGGAGCCUGUGCUGAGUCAGAACUACGACUCCUGGCUAAACAUAAAAAAUCAAGCCUCCGACGAGGGUUGCUGCAUUUUCAUGCAGAAGGGGAUAUUUGAGACCUUGGAGGUGCGAAGCAUCCCAUUCAAAGAGGAAAUUCGAAAACCGGAGUAUCGAGAGGUGUUGACAAAUAUAGGGGCGGCCAACUGGUUGAAUUAUGACCAAGAGUCGUAUUUCAGCAGAUAUCACACAAUAUUCCAAAUGGGUUGUUUCAGGAACAAAUUGGAUGAUGGUGGCAGUGUUCUGUUUCUAGCAAAUACCCACCUAUACUUUCAUCCUCACGGCCGCCAUAUACGUCUACUGCAAGCUUAUGUAAUGCUUAACGAGCUUGAGCGUUUCAAACAACAGUGCAGUAAGAAAUACGCUUUUGAUGUGAACCUCGAGUCGAGUACCAUAAUUUGUGGAGACUUCAAUUCGUUCAGUACGGAGGGAACCUUCCAGCUAAUAAUGAAUGGGUGGGUGCCAUAUAAUCAUGUAGAUUUUGAUUAUGGUCUCAAAUUUGGAUAUGAAAGGUUCGACCCAAACGAUCACAAUACUAAGUUCCCUCGAGGGAGGCAAGAGGAGGAUGCAAACCAUCGGUCGGAGACAAAAGAGCGUUUGGUGGUUGCCAACUGCACCGGAUACCAGGAUGCAUAUGGAGGGCAAGAACUACCAUUCACAAACUUUGUCAAGACGUUCAGCGGCACUCUGGAUUAUAUCUUCCAUUCCAAGAAUCUGCAGGUAGGCUUUGUAUGUAAAUACGUUAGAGAAAAUAAUGCGCCUCCCGAUACUCAUGUAAAUGCGUACCAGCACAUGAUGCAUGGACUACGAAAUGAUCAUGCCACCCGGGAUCACUGCGUGGUCUAG